UUUCUCAUCUCUCUUCUUUGCAUUUACCACUUCCCCUCUGUCUCUCUAUCCUUCCUCCCAUUUCCAUUGAAAAUCCAACAGAGCUUCCAUUUCCGAUCUCUUUAACUGCCCUUUUAGUUUUUAUCAUUUUUUCCCCAUACCUCAUAGCCAAGCCGAACUCGCCGGGUUUUUUUAUUUAUACCUAACUAUACGUCUCCGGUCACCGGUUUAUUAACCGUAAGGUGUGGGAUUCUGUGAGCAAAUUGUAGUUGGAAGUUUGUUAUCUUAAUGAGUGAUGGUGUCAAGAUCGUGUGUGAAUAUUUUAGAUUUGGCUUCUGGGAAUCUGUUGGAAAUUCCUCAUACUCCAAGAUCUAUUCCUAGAGUGAUGACUGUCCCUGGAAUUAUCUCAGAUUUGGAUGGUUAUUGCAGUAAUGAUGGGGACUCAGAGAUUGCUUCAUCUAUUUGUCGUGAGCGGAAAAUUAUCGUGGCAAAUAUGUUACCUUUACAUGCUAAAAGGGAUCCAGGAACUGCCAAGUGGUGCUUCAGUUGGGAUGAAGAUUCGCUUUUAUUGCAACUAAAGGAUGGUUUUUCUCCUGAAACUGAGGUUAUUUAUGUGGGGUCUCUGAAGGUUGAUAUAGAUGCUAGUGAGCAGGAAGAAAUUUCCCAAAAACUGCUUGAGAAUUUCAACUGUGUCCCAACAUUUCUACCCCAAGACCUGCAGAAGAAGUUUUAUCUUGGAUUCUGUAAACAGCACUUAUGGCCUCUUUUUCACUACAUGUUGCCUAUUUGCCCAGACCAUGGUAAUCGCUUUGAACGUGUUUUUUGGCAGGCCUAUGUUUCAGCUAAUAAAAUAUUUGCUGACAAGGUCAUGGAAAUAAUCAGUCCAGAGGAAGAUUAUGUUUGGGUUCAUGACUAUCACUUAAUGCUUCUGCCAACCUUUCUGAGGAAAGGCUACAAUAGAAUCAAGCUUGGAUUUUUCCUCCACAGUCCAUUUCCUUCAUCUGAAAUAUACCGAACUCUGCCAGUUCGUGAUGAAAUUCUGAGGGGAUUUCUAAAUUGUGAUCUAAUUGGUUUUCAUACAUUUGAUUAUGCGCGGCAUUUCCUCUCCUGCUGCAGCAGAAUGCUUGGCUUGGACUAUGAAUCUAAGAGGGGACACAUUGGACUUGAUUACUUUGGUCGUACAGUGUACGUCAAAAUAUUGCCUGUAGGUAUACACAUGGGUUGGCUUGAAUCAGUAAUGAAUCUUCCCUCUACAUCUGCUAAAGUCAAAGAAAUUCAAGAACAGUUCAGUGGGAGAAAAGUGAUUCUUGGUAUUGAUGACAUGGACAUAUUCAAAGGCAUCAGUCUGAAAUUGUUGGCAAUGGAACAACUCUUGCAACAACAUCCAGACUUGCGGGGAAAAGUGGUCCUUGUUCAGAUUGUGAACCCUGCAAAGGGAUCAGGGAAAGAUGUGCAAGAAGCAAAGCGGGAGACAUAUUUUACUGCCAAAAGAAUCAAUGAAGUUUAUGGUUCACCUGAAUAUGAGCCAGUGAUUCUGAUUGACCGUCCUGUUCCUCGUUAUGAGAAGACUGCUUAUUAUGCUUUAGCAGAAUGUUGCAUAGUGAAUGCAGUGAGGGAUGGGAUGAAUUUGGUGCCUUACAAAUAUAUUGUUUGCAGGCAGGGAACCCCAUAUAUGGACAAAGCCAUGGGCAUAACAUCAGUUUCUCCUCGCACAAGCAUGCUUGUUGUGUCAGAGUUCAUUGGUUGCUCACCUUCUUUAAGUGGAGCAAUUAGGGUAAACCCGUGGGACAUUGAUGCUGUUGCUGAUUCCUUGAACGUGGCAAUCACCAUGCAUGAAUCUGAGAAGCAGUUGCGCCAUGAAAAGCAUUACCGUUAUGUCAGCACUCAUGAUGUGGCUUAUUGGGCACGCAGCUUUAUGCAGGAUUUGGAGAGAGCUUGCCAAGAUCAUUAUAAUAAAAGGUGUUGGGGAAUUGGGUUUGGCCUGGGAUUCAGAGUUGUGUCUCUUUCUCCUAGCUUCCGGAGGUUGGGUAUUGAGCACAUUGUCUCAGCUUAUAAAAGGACAAAUAGAAGAGCAAUAUUUCUGGACUAUGAUGGUACUGUUGUUCCACAUACAUCUAUUGUUAAAAGCCCCAGCCCUGAAGUCAUAUCUGUUCUGAAAACUCUGUGCAAUGAUCCAAAUAACACUGUCUUUAUUGUUAGUGGGAGAGGGAGAAAUUCAUUGAGUGAGUGGCUUGAGCCAUGUGAGAGAUUAGGAAUAGCAGCUGAACAUGGAUAUUUCAUGAGGUGGGAUAAAACCUCUGAGUGGGAAACCAGUCCUGUCGCUGAUGAUCUUGAUUGGAAAAAUAUUGUGGAACCUAUAAUGAGACUAUAUACAGAAACAACUGAUGGCUCCAGUAUAGAGGUUAAGGAGAGUGCUUUGGUGUGGCACCAUCAAGAUGCAGACCCAGACUUUGGAUCCUGCCAAGCCAAGGAGUUGUUGGAUCAUCUUGAAAAUGUCCUUGCAAAUGAACCUGCUGUUGUUAAGCGCGGCCAACAUAUUGUUGAAGUUAAGCCACAGGGAAUAAGUAAAGGAUCUGUUGCUGAAAAGGUUCUUUCGAAUAUGGUUAAUCGUGGGAAGCCACCUGAUUUUGUGCUGUGCAUUGGUGAUGAUAAAUCAGAUGAGGACAUGUUUGAGAGUAUACUAAGCACAGUUUCUGGUCCAACUUUGCCUAUGGCACCAGAGAUCUUCGCCUGCACUGUUGGGCGGAAGCCAAGCAAGGCUAGAUAUUAUCUCGAUGAUGCCGUUGAUGUUGUGAAAUUGCUUCAAGGCCUUGCAACUGCUUCGUGUCCAAAGCCCAAGUAUAUUGAACAAAUCCUGGUUUCUUUUGAGAGUGCUAUUUGAGUAAGCUGGCAUAUUCCACGUACUGGGAGUCUGGGACCCUUAUUUUAAUUUUGAGGUCUUCCACCUGUGAAUAAAGAAAAAUUUUAACUGUUGAUUGCGGCUUGAUUUGAUGGAUGGUGGCACCUUGCUGGUGCAAUUCUGAUGUUGGGUAUCUAUUGAAGUGGACCAUUGGAGUAGAUGAAAUAUGGAUCUGUGGGGAGACGGGACUGACUAUUUUUAUUCUGUUUUUCUUGUAUGCGUUAAGUCCCGCAUUUACGGGUGCCAGUAAGAGUUUUCCUCAGCAGCUGGCUUUCAAAUGUUCACGGUGACCUAUCACUCCCACCACCCCACUCCUCCUCUACCCCCACUUUUCUCCCCUCCUUAUACUUUUUUUUUUCCUCUUUCCAGAUUAUGAGGCACCAUUAACUUGUAUAGGUACACUGUUAUUGUCACAAUACGCAUAUGUCAGUUUGAUACUAAAAUUCCUGUGGGUCCAUUGAUAGUAAGUGGGGACACGAGUUGAAUUUCCGAUAAUUUGAAUCAUCGGACUGUGGUGGCAUUGGCAAGAUGUAAAUAGUUAUAUAUAAAACCAUCUUUGAACAUUUUCAUUUGCGAUA